UCUCUCUCUCUCUCUCUCUAUACUUCAAAUACUAAAACAUGUUACUAAGAACCUAUAGUGCACCAAUUCACACUUCUUCCCUUCAUUCUCAUGAACAAGAACUCAAUCACCACCAUCCUAAAACACUUGCAACCCUUUCAAAAACUAAGAAGAAGAAAUUUGCACCACCUACUAGCCUUGUUAAGAAUCCUCAUAAGAAGAAUAUAGUGGAACAAGAAGUACUUUUUUCAAGCUAUAGUUUAGAUAAACAAGUUUUGGAACAUGAAGAGGGUGGUAAGAAAGUAGUAAAGUUGCAAACUUUAGUAAUGGGUGGUGGAGGAAUGGGGUGUGAUGAUGGUGGAAGGAUUUGUGGUGGUGGAAAUGGAAAUGGGUGGGAGAAUAAUUAUGGUAGAGAUGAAACUCAUGCUUAUUAUCAAAACAUGAUUGAGGCAAAUCCAAAUAAUUACCUUUUACUUGGAAAUUAUGCUAAGUUUUUGAAAGAGGUUUGUGGAGAUUAUGGUAAAGCAGAGGAGUAUGUUGAAAGAGCCAUUUUGGCUAACCCUAGUUAUGCUGAUGCUUUAUCAUUAUAUGCAAAUAUAAUAUGGGAAACAGAGAAGAAUGCUGAUAGAGCUGAAGCAUAUUUUGAUCAAGCUGUUAAAAGUGAUCCACAUGAUUGCUAUGUCUUGGCUUCAUAUGCAAAAUUUCUAUGGGAUGCUGAAGAAGAUGAAGAUCAAGAUAAUGACUGCCAACAUAAGAACGAUACAUAUUCACAUGAGAUGACUGCAGCCUCUAAAAUCUAGCCUCUUUGUAGUUGUAAACUAGGAUUCACGGAUACCGAACUCGACACACGACACUGAUACGGAGAUAUCGAUAAUAAUUUCAAAAAAAUGAAUAAAUUAUAUGUAAUCACAAGUGUCAGUGUAAAUGUUUCGACACAAAUACAAACACAUAUUUUUUCAAAGGUAUCCGGUGCGAGUGGUUGUAAAUAGCUCACGUUAUGCAAUAAAUGAGAGAAUGUGUUAUUGUAACCUAGGGAGGAUUCUACUGUUGCAUCUUUCGAGAGUAUGAAAUUUUGGUAGAAAUAAAUAA